UCUGCCCUGAUCACAUAAUUCAUCAACCUCUGAUUUCUAUACUCUUUAUCAACCUCACCACAAGUCAUAAAACUCUUUAUUUUGAACAUUGAUUGAUUACAAUGAAUUCUCAUGCAGCGUUUCUGAAUACGUUGAUAAUUCUUUUGAUUCUACCAUGUUGGUCUUCUCUCGACACCAUUACUCCAGACCACCCCAUCAAAGACGGCGAUGUUUUGAUCUCCGGCCGACAAUCGUAUGCGCUCGGCUUUUUCAGCCCCGGAAACUCUCACUACCGCUAUGUCGGGAUUUGGUACUACAGGGUUCCUGAGAAAACUGUCGUUUGGGUCGCGAAUAGAGACAAUCCCAUCAAUGAUACCUCUGGAAUUUUGACCAUCAAUAGUCGGGGAGGUCUUGUCAUCUACGGCGAAAACCGAAACUCUCCUAUUUGGUCAGCAAAUGUUUCGGUAUCUUCGGCAAACAGCUCCGUCGCUAAGCUUUUGGACGUCGGAAAUUUGGUUUUGUAUGGUAAUAGUAGAAGCCAGAGUGUACUAUGGCAAAGCUUUGAUCACCCGACACAUACCAUGCUUCCUUUUAUGAAACUCGGGCUGAACCGGAAGUCCGGUUUAGACCGGUUCCUAACAUCCUGGAGGUCACUGGAUGACCCGGGAACUGGGAACUCUUCGUUACGGGUUGACCCGAGUGGGCAUCCGCAAGUGGUAUUGUACAAAAAUGGGGCUCCAAGUUGGCGGGGUGGGCCUUGGACCGGAUCUGGAUUGAGUGGGGUGCCCGAGAUGAGAUCUAAUUUCAUCUUCAACGUCAGUUUUGUAGACAAUCAAGAUGAACUCUUCAUCACGUAUGGUAUUCACAACGAUUCGAUUUUCUCUAGGAUGGUGAUAGAUGAAUCAGGAGUCGUUCAUAGAUCCACGUGGCACGAUCAAGGCCAACACUGGGUGGAGUUCUGGUCCGCGCCUAGAGACUUGUGUGAUGAUUACAAGCAGUGUGGUGCAAAUGGCAAUUGCGACCCGUCCACCACAAAUAAGUUCGAAUGCACGUGCCUACCCGGAUUCGAACCCAAGUCGCCCCGAGAUUGGUUCUUGAGAGACGGGUCGGGUGGGUGCUUGAGGAAGAAAGGGGUUAGCACGUGUGGGAGCGGAGAAGGGUUCGUAAAAUUGACACACAUGAAGGUCCCCGACACUUCGAAGGCACGUGUGCAGAUGAAUUUGAGUUUGGAAGGUUGCAGACAAGAGUGCCUAAGGAAUUGUUCCUGCACGGCUUACACGAGUGCCGAUGAGAGAGGGGCAGGGAUCGGGUGUUUGAUGUGGUACGGUGAUCUGGUGGACGGGAGGACUUAUUCCGCCGCAGGACAAGAACUUCACGUGCGAGUUGACAAUAUUACGCUAGCUGAAUAUUCAAAAAAGUCCCGUUCUUUGAGCAAGGUGGGGAAGGUGGCAAUUUCAUUGGCUUGCAUUGUAGUGUUAUUUCUCGUGAUUGUUGUGCAUUGUUGGGCAAAGAAGAAGAGAAAAGCGAAAGCAGAACAAAGCAAACAUCUUUCUAGUCUUACCACAAGUCCAACCUUCUCUCAAGUUUCCCUGAAAAACGAGUUUGAUGAAAGUAGAAGAGGUUCGGAGUUGCUGUUCUUCGAUCUAAAUACCAUAGCUGCAGCCACUGACAAUUUCGCUAUUCAUAACAAGCUUGGAGAAGGCGGUUUUGGCUCUGUUUAUAAGGGUAUGAUCUAUGGUAGAAAGGAGAUAGCAAUAAAAAGACUGUCGAAGCAUUCGGGGCAAGGAACUGAAGAGUUCAAGAACGAAAUUAUGCUGAUCGCAAAACUCCAACACAGGAACCUUGUGAGGCUUUUGGGUUGCUGCGUUCAAGGAGAAGAGAAGAUGUUAAUAUAUGAAUACUUGCCAAACAAAAGCUUGGACGCAUUUAUUUUUGAUGAAGAGAAAAGGAAAUUGUUAGAUUGGAGAAAACGCUUUGACAUAAUCUGCGGGAUUGCUCGAGGGAUGUUGUAUCUUCAUCAAGAUUCGAGAUUAAGAAUCAUUCAUAGGGACUUAAAAGCUAGCAAUGUUCUCCUUGAUGAAGUUAUGAACCCUAAAAUUGCAGAUUUUGGCAUGGCUAGAAUAUUCGGAGGGAACCAACUUGAAGCAAAUACAAAUCGGGUGGUUGGAACAUAUGGUUAUAUGUCGCCAGAGUACGCUAUGCAAGGGCGGUUUUCGAUCAAGUCAGAUGUAUAUAGCUUUGGAGUUUUGCUACUAGAGAUCAUUACGGGCAAGAAAAACACUAGUUAUUACCAUGAGAAUCCCGAGACAAAUUUGGUUGGACAUGUGUGGGACUUAUGGAGAGAUGGUAAAGCCUUGGAAUUAAUGGAUUCAUCUUUGGAUGAAUCAUAUGGUGGCGAAGCUUUGAGAUGCAUCAUUAUUGGGCUUCUGUGCGUGCAAGAGUUCGCAGCCGAUCGACCAACCAUGUCGGCAGUUGUUUCCAUGUUGGGUAAUGAUUCAGCUCUUCCUUCCCCAAAACAGCCUGCAUUUGUAUAUAAAAAAAGCUAUACAAGCGGAGAUCCAUCAACUAGUGAAGGAGCCAAUUCUAUAUAUGAUGUGACAUGUACUGUGGUAGAACCUCGUUGAAGGACUAAGCUCUUAAUAAAUAAAUACAUAUAUAUAUAUAUGUGUGUGUGUGUGUGUGUGUGUGUAUGUAUAUGUAUGUAUGUAUGUAUGUAUAUGAGGUUAAUGAUGUCAACUUGAUGCAUAGGCUCAUGAUGUAAGUAUUAGUUACUGAUAUGCGCUUGAAAGGUUUAUACGUGUAUAUCGGUUCUUUUAU